GGGGGCUUACAAAGUAAUAAUGGGUGCAACACUGGUAAUGGUGGUGAGCAUUGCCAUUGUAUUAGGUCUAAUCCUAGUGCUGCUAGCGGAGCUCUAUUGCUCUCUCUUACUCCGCAGGCGUCAGCUCAAAGAGUCAACCUCCGGCUCUACAGUUAGCAACACCGCAACGGCUGCCGUUGCUGCCACCACCCCCACCAAUGCUACUUCUUCCUUUCCUCCUCAAGAUAAUCACCAAGACCAAUCGACCAGUUCCCUCAGUAGCUUCUAUGCACAUGGAGUUCUUCAUGCACCGAGGAACUUCCUCUUCCCUGCUGUACUCCCUUGCAAACAAAAGAGACUUGAAAAUGAGAACCAUCUCACUUACCUUCAUCAAGUCCUUGAAGUCCAUGUGCAUGAAUCAAACACAAGCCCUCAUCAAAUUGGUAUCUUAUCUCCUACAUCUCCAUCGACUUCCUUUGCGACCUCACCGAACCCUGUUCAAGAAAUCUCAGUUCAAGUUGGCACUAGGAGUACUAAUACUUGUUCUGGUCCUUGUGUGGAGAAUUUUGUUUACAUAUCGAAUCCUAUUUACGACAAUGAUGCUGGCAGCCCAGAUACUCAGUUCGAGACUCCAGAUACAUCCCCUUCACGUUUAGAAAGCAGCGGUUCUUCAGGGGACGAUGAUGGCAAGGCUCAGCCUUGUCAAUCUCAUGUUAGACACUACUCACCCCCAAUGACACCUCCAUUGAGUCCAAUGAAGAAACUACCAGCUCAGGCUUGUUCUGUCUCUCUUAGAGAUGCUAGGUCUUUAGGUACUUUGGGUAGUGAUUCUAAUAGUAAAAAUGGUCCUUCAUCAUCUUCAUCAGGUUCUCCAUUCACUUCUCCUUCAUGGUGAUUAGACUUAAUUUCUGUUAAAACUAGCUCUUAGGCAUUGAACGUUUAUUUUAAUCUUUUUUUGACGGCAAUGCUUUCUUGAAUUCAUUGAUUCUGGGGGUGUUUCUGGAAAGUUGUAGACAGCAGAAAAACAAAGCUUUAUGGUUUUGUGUUUUCGGGAUAUUGAAUAACGCAUGUGAUAUUGCAAACUGACAACAGUACUAAAGGACCAAAAGAAAUAGAAAAUUUAAAAAGCAAAAAAAAAAAAAAAAAUUCUCUCUGUUUUUGAGGGGCCUCGAAUGGUGAUUUCUAUGCAUUAAAAGCCAAAACACGAAAUGGUCACCUGCGAGGCUUUAUCCACAUUAUAUAAUGACACGUCUUGUUGGUU